UCUCUUUCUCUACUGUGAUUCCGAAUGGCGGUGGUGCCCUUACAGCAGCAGCCGAGUCACCUAUGGGACUCGGUCCUCCAUCUCACCAAGUCAGCUCAGGACAAGAACAGCGAUCCGCUCCUUUGGGCCCUCCAGCUCAGCUCCAGCCUCAACUCCGCCGCCGUGUCCUUGCCGUCCGUCGAGCUCGCGCAUCUCCUCGUCUCCCAUAUCUGCUGGGCCAAUCACGUGCCGAUCACCUGGAAGUUCCUCGAGAAGGCUCUCACCGUUAAGAUCGUCCCUCCCAUGCUCGUCCUCGCUCUUCUCUCCACCAAGGUUGUUCCAAAUCGACUUGUUCACCCUGCAGCAUAUAGGCUUUAUAUGGAACUUCUUAAGAGGCAUACAGUUUUAUUUGCUUCUCAAUUGAAUGGACCGAACUUUCAGAAGAUUAUGAGAUCCAUUGAUGAUGUUCUGCAACUUUCACAACAAUAUGGUUUUCCAGUGUGUGAACCUGGAGUUCUUCUUGUUGAGUUUGUCUUUUCAAUCAUAUGGCAAUUACUUGAUGCAUCAUUAGAUGAUGAACGUUUGCUCGAACUUACUCCAGACAAGAGCUCAAGAUGGCCUAUUAGGUCACAAGAUAUGGAAAUAGAUGGUCCUGAUAGUUUUAAUGAAAAGAGAAGUGAGCAAAAUGAAGGCAUGAAAAAAGCAAAUACUGCAAUGGCUAUCGAGAUAAUUGUCGAGUUUCUUCAGAACAAAGUAACUUCAAGGAUUUUGUACUUGGCACGUCGGAAUAUGCCAUCACAUUGGGGAGGUUUCAUUCAGCGACUGCAAGUGCUCGGGGCACACUCGUCAGUUUUGCGGACUUUGAAACAUAUAACUCCAGAGUCCCUUCUACAGCUGACAUCUGAUUCACGUCGGCUUUUGACUCGAGAAGGCAAAACAAUUUCAAGGCAAGAAUUUCAUGCAGUAUUAUCUUUCGGAUCGCUGAUGUCCUCUGCUUGUCAAUCACAUGGAGCUACUUCGUCUGCCUUUUGGCUUCCUAUUGACCUCUUUCUCGAAGAUGCUAUGGAUGGGUCAGAAGCAACAGGAACUAGUGCCAUUGAAACACUUGCUGGUUUGGUAAAGGCUCUGCAGGCAAUUAAUGGGACUACAUGGCACAAUGCAUUUUUAGGGUUAUGGAUUGCAGCUCUGCGUCUUAUUCAAAGGGAAAGGGAUCCCAGGGAAGGACCUAUUCCUCGCCUUGAUACCUGCUUAUGCAUGCUACUGUCUAUAACAACACUUGCCGUUACAAAUAUUAUUGAAGAAGAGGAAGCUGAACUGCUAAAGGAAACUGAAAGUGACCCGUCUAACCAAGGGAAGGAAAAACAGGCUAUGGGAAAGCGUCGCAGGGAUUUAAUUACCUGCUUACAGCAAUUGGGUGAUCAGGAUGCCUUAUUAACGGCACCUCAGUCUGUUUGUUCCGUGGCCAAUCAAGCUGCUGCCAAGGCGAUGAUGUUAAGAUCAGGCCUGUCAGUCACUAAUGGUUACUAUGAAUCUAUUAGUGUGAACGACAUGCCAAUAAAUUGUACGGGAAAUCUGCGGCAUUUAAUUGUUGAGGCUUGUAUUGCUCGGAACCUACUAGACACAUCAGCAUAUUUCUGGCCAGGUUAUGUGCGCAGCAGCAACCAAGUACUGCGUAAUGUGUCUGGCCAAGUGCCUGGUUGGUCUUCAUUAAUGAAAGGGUCUCCUCUAACCACUCCAUCAAUGGUUAAUGCUUUGGUUACAACUCCAGCUUCUAGCUUAGCAGAGAUCGAGAAAAUGUAUGAGAUUGCAGUCAAUGGUUCAGAUGAAGAGAAGAUAUCUGCUGCUACCAUUCUUUGUGGGGCUUCUCUAGUUCGUGGUUGGAAUAUACAGGAGCACACCUGUCUUUUCAUUAUAAGGCUGCUAUCCCCUCCAGUUCCUGCAGAUUACUCAGGGAGUGAUAGCCAUUUGAUCAGCUAUGCUUCAUUCUUUAAUGUUCUUCUGGUUGGGGUAUCGUCUAUAGAUACUGUUCAAAUAUUCUCCUUACUUGGAUUGGUUCCACUACUUGCAUCUGCAGUAAUGCCCAUUUGUGAAGUUUUUGGAUCGAGUGUUCCCAAUCUCUCAUGGGCUCCUACAACAGGGGAAGAGCUCUCAUGUCAUGCAGUUUUCUCCAGUGCUUUUACACUUCUAUUGAGGUUAUGGAGAUUUGAUCACCCACCUCUUGAACACAUGAUGGGGGACUUGCCGACUGUGGGUACCCAAGUUGGUCCAGAAUACCUCUUGGUGCUUCGAAACACUCGAUUAUCAUCCUUUGGUACUUCAGCAGUGGAUCGAAUUAAAAGUAGAAGAGUUUCCAAAUUUAUAACCUUUUCUUCAGAUCCCAUUACUAUGGAUUCCUUUCCAAAAUUGAAACUCUGGUACCAGCAGCAUCAAAAAUGUAUUUGUUCCACCCUCUCUGGGCUUGUAUCUGGGACUCCUGUUCAUCAGAUUGUUGAUGCCCUGCUGACCAUGAUGUUCAGAAAAAUAAACAGAAGCAGUCACCCUGUGACUCCUGCAACUUCAGGGAGCAGUAAUUCUUCUGCAUCAGGAACUGAUGAGUCCUCUAUUAGAAUCAAGGUGCCAGCAUGGGACAUCCUUGAAGCAACUCCAUUUGUGCUUGAUGCUGCUCUUACUGCUUGUGCCCAUGGAAGACUUUCUCCCCGUGAGCUGGCUACAGGACUGAAAGAUCUUGCUGAUUAUCUGCCAGCAACUUUGGCGACCAUGGUCAGCUAUUUUUCAGCUGAAGUAACACGGGGAAUAUGGAAGCCAGCGUUUAUGAAUGGAACUGAUUGGCCAAGCCCUGCCGCAAAUUUAUCCAUUGUUGAGCAGCAGAUAAAGAAAAUCCUAGCUGCCACUGGUGUUGAUAUGCCUAGCCUUGCAGUUGGUGGAAACGCUCCAGCUACGCUUCCUUUACCCUUUGCUGCUCUCAUUAGUCUCACAAUAACAUAUAAACUUGAUAAAGCUUCUGAACGCGCCCUCACCCUGAUCGGUCCUGCCUUGAAUGCUCUGGCUGCUGGUUGCCCUUGGCCAUGCAUGCCUAUCCUAGCCUCAUUAUGGGCCCAGAAGGUAAAGCGCUGGAGUGACUACCUUGUGUUUUCUGCUUCUCAAACCGUCUUCCACCACAAUGGUGAUGCUGUAGUCCAGCUUCUUAAGAGCUGCUUUACAUCAACUCUUGGGCUAAGCUCCUCUCAUGUUUACAGCAAUGGUGGUGUGGGUGCCCUCCUUGGCCAUGGCUUUGGUUCCCAUUUCUCUGGUGGGAUCACUCCAGUUGCCCCUGGAAUUCUGUAUUUGCGUGUGCAUCGUUCUGUUAGAGAUGUAAUGUUCAUGACUGAAGAGAUUCUCUCUAUUCUAAUGCUUUCCGUUAGAGAUAUUGCAAGUAGUGGGUUACCCAGAGAGAGAGUGGAGAAAUUGAAGAAGACAAAGUAUGGGAUGAGAUAUGGACAGGUUUCUCUUACUGCAGCAAUGGCUCGUGUCAGGCUUGCAGCUUCACUUGGAGCUAGUUUAGUUUGGAUAUCGGGUGGGUCAAGUUUAGUUCAGUCAUUGAUCAAAGAAACUCUACCUUCAUGGUUUAUAUCGGGCCAUGGUUUGGAUCAGGAAGGCAGAGAAUCUGGAGGUAUGGUUUCUAUGCUUGGGGGUUAUGCUGUUGCAUACUUUGCAAUGCUUUGUGGGACAUUUGCCUGGGGUGUGGACUCAGCAUCACCAGCAUCAAAACGGCGACCAAAGGUUCUAGGGGUGCAUUUGGAAUUUCUUGCAAGUGCAAUAGAUGGGAAAAUUUCGCUUGGUUGUGACUGGGCCAUGUGGCGAGCAUAUGUAUCAGGCUUCAUUAGUUUGAUGGUCGCUUGCACUCAGAAAUGGGUGCUGGAAGUUGAUGUCGAAGUCUUGAAGACGCUGAGCAAGGGACUAAGACACUGGAAUGAGGAAGAGUUGGCUCUGGCAUUACUGGGACUUGGUGGAAUAGGGGCCAUGGGCGCAGCAGCUGAACUAGUUGUUGAAUGCGAGUUUUGAAUGCCUUGAGCUUGCAAGCAUCAAAAGGCGACUGACUUGUAGUUAUAUCGCUUGUAUGAUAUCAUUCUUGACCGGUAGAUUGGUAAUAGCUGAUAGAGGUUUUGAAGAAAUAUAGCUGCUCCCUGUAAAGUGCUAGCAGGAUUUUUAUAACUUAGAAAAGUAAUUGAAAAAAUAUUGUCAACUGCAUUGGGUGUAUUCGCAAUCAAGUGUUGUUCAACUACCAAGGAGGUCUAUGGGUUUUGUCAAGCUUUUUGGCUUCUCAAUCAUGGGAUUCAUGGAGUCGAAGGUUGCGAUCUGGGUAGUUCGUUCCUAAUCAAGAAAGGGAAUCCAAAGUGAUAAAAGGAAAGAUCAAUGCUUCCCUAGUUCGUCGAGAAAAGGCGACUCCGAAUCAAGGUAAGUUGAUACAGUAUAUAUAUGCAAGCUACGUACGCCAGAGCCACACCAACUUUCUUCACUUCUCUUCUUCAAAGGAUCAAUGGAUUGUGCUCCGACGACUUCCAAUGGACCAUGCCGUCGUAACUUAGACCUGGACAGUGCAACACCCCUCUCCUAUGUAUAUCAUGUCCGGGAGCUUAGAGAGCUAGAACUGUUAUACCCAUAGUGACGGCCGUACAAUGGCCCUCCCUAAGCCAGAGGGCGCAAUCCCAAUACAAUAUCAGGAAAAGUGUUACAGAAUCCCCAUCAUCAUCUGGCUCCCUGAGAAAUUCCGGGUCGAGCCUCCGUUAGUGUACGUUAACCCAACCCAGGACAUGAUUAUCCACCAAUGUCAUCCCUGUGUUGACCCUACUCAGGCUUGGUUUCCCGUUCUUACUUGAAGGACUGGCAACACUAUUCAAGCACCCUCGUCCACCUAGUUAACAAUUUGAGAGAUGCUUUUGGUAAAGACUGCCCUCUUUUCACUACUAGGCGAGGGCCUGGACGUCCCGAUUCUAGCUUAGAGGGUACACUUGUACAUAUCUUGUCUUUUAUGCUGUA